AUGGAACGCAUCAAUAGGGAAAUCGAGGAUUUCGGUGACAUAAUACUGGCAGAUUACGAGGACACGUAUUACAACUUGACGUGGAAAACCGUCACGAACCUACGAUGGAUGUCAGCAUUCUGCAACAAGCACCACGGAAACACGUUUAUGAUUAUCGACGACGAUCAUCGCAUGAAUCUGAGCAUGGUGGCAAAAUUUCUUGACACGGUUUCGGCGGAAACACUGAGAAAGUCUAUUUUCGGAUUCAUCGCCAAAUUCGACUACGCGUAUAGAUCUCCAACGAAAAAGUGGUUCCUGUCCUACCGUGAAUUCCCAUGGGAUUUAAUGUAUCAAUAUCCACGAGGAUUUUCCCAAUUCAUUGGUGCCGACAUCGUCGAAGACCUGGCAAUUGCGAGUGCAUACACACGCUUCAAUUAUGCACCAGAGGAUGUGUUUCUCGGAAUGGUUGCAUUUAAAUUGGGCAUCGACUUGCACAAUGUGGACGCAAUGUAUGACCACGAGGAAUAUGAUGAGAGAAACAACGGGACGCAACCAGCGAUGGUGGCAUUGAGCAAGUAUUUCGAACAUUCAAACACACGGUAG